GCUCUAGAUCCCCGUCCCGGGAACCUAGGCCCCGCCGCAGAGGCGCGCUCACUCCCCAGCGGGGCCGGGGCAGCCUCCAGAGGAGAGGCUUCUACCCUCCCCAAACCGUGGGCUCUGCAUGGAGGGGCCGCUGGCUCUGCCCGCCGGGUCGGGGCCACUCCCGCCGCUGGUGCCGGGAGGCGGAGCCGCCGCUGUUCCGGAGCCUGGAACUCUGCAACACCCGGGACCCGAGACGGUGGCGCAGCGGUGCGGCGCCCGCCGGCUGGAGGCCGGCUACGAGCCCGAGAGCAGCAUGGCGGAUUACCUGAUCAGCGGAGGCACCGGCUACGUGCCCGAGGAUGGGCUCACUGCGCAGCAGCUGUUCGCCAGUGCCGACGGUCUCACCUACAACGACUUCCUGAUUCUCCCAGGAUUCAUAGACUUCAUAGCUGAUGAGGUGGACCUGACUUCGGCUCUGACUCGGAAGAUCACGCUGAAGACGCCGCUGAUCUCCUCCCCCAUGGACACUGUGACAGAGGCCGACAUGGCCAUCGCUAUGGCCCUGAUGGGCGGUAUUGGUUUCAUUCACCACAACUGCACUCCGGAGUUCCAGGCCAACGAGGUGCGGAAGGUCAAGAAGUUUGAACAGGGCUUUAUCACGGACCCUGUGGUGCUGAGCCCCUCGCACACUGUGGGCGACGUGCUGGAGGCCAAGAUCCGGCAUGGCUUCUCUGGCAUCCCCAUCACGGAGACAGGCACCAUGGGCAGCAAGCUGGUGGGCAUCGUCACCUCCCGAGACAUUGACUUUCUUGCAGAGAAGGAGCACACCACCCUCCUCAGCGAGGUGAUGACAACGCGGAAUGAGCUGGUGGUGGCUCCAGCAGGUGUGACGUUGAAAGAGGCAAAUGAGAUCCUGCAGCGCAGCAAGAGAGGGAAGCUGCCCAUCGUCAACGAUCAAGACGAGCUAGUGGCCAUCAUUGCCCGCACCGACCUGAAGAAGAACCGGGACUACCCCCUAGCCUCUAAGGAUUCCCACAAGCAACUCCUGUGCGGGGCGGCUGUGGGCACGCGCGAGGACGACAAAUACCGCCUGGACCUGCUCACCCAGGCGGGCACCGAUGUCAUCGUGCUGGACUCGUCCCAAGGGAACUCUGCGUACCAGAUCGCCAUGGUCCACUACAUCAAGCAGAAGUACCCCCACCUUCAGGUGAUUGGGGGGAACGUGGUGACGGCCGCCCAGGCCAAGAAUCUGAUCGACGCUGGUGUGGACGGGCUGCGCGUGGGCAUGGGCUGCGGCUCCAUCUGCAUCACCCAGGAAGUGAUGGCCUGUGGGCGGCCUCAGGGCACUGCCGUGUAUAAGGUGGCCGAGUACGCCCGGCGCUUUGGGGUGCCGGUCAUAGCUGACGGCGGCAUCCAGACUGUAGGGCACGUGGUCAAGGCCCUAGCCCUUGGAGCAUCCACAGUGAUGAUGGGCUCCCUGCUCGCUGCCACCACGGAGGCGCCCGGUGAGUACUUCUUCUCCGACGGGGUGAGGCUCAAGAAGUACCGGGGCAUGGGCUCCUUGGAUGCCAUGGAGAAGAGCAGCAGCAGCCAGAAGCGAUACUUCAGUGAGGGGGACAAGGUGAAGAUCGCGCAGGGCGUCUCCGGCUCCGUCCAGGACAAAGGCUCCAUUCACAAGUUCCUGCCCUACCUCAUCACAGGGAUCCAGCACGGCUGCCAGGAUAUCGGUGCCCGGAGCCUGUCUGUCCUGCGGUCCAGAAUGUACUCAGGGGAGCUCAAGUUUGAGAAGAGGACCAUGUCGGCUCAGAUUGAGGGCGGUGUCCACGGCCUGCACUCAUAUACCUUUCUGCCGUUUACGAGAAGCGGCUGUACUGAGGACGGUGGUGGAGGCCGAGGUGGUGGAGGGGGUGCACCCCAGGGCCCCGCUUUAGGCACAGCCUCCCUCCAUAACUGAGGAGUCCACAGAUUUGCACUACAGGUUCCCCAGCUCCUUUCAAAGGAGUGAGGAGGGGAGGCCCCGAGGGUCCAUGGCCUCUCACUGGGCCCCCCCCACACACACAGUCGGGACUGCUCCCAGGGCCUGGCUGCCCCGGGAGCCUCCGGGGUCUCCCUCCUUCAGUCUCCCUGAGCCCACCAACGGGGCUCUCAGGCCCCGUGCCUGCCUCAGGUCUUUCUCGCCGCAGCCUGCUCCGCCCGGCUCCCUCCCCUGGGGCAGGCGGCCCCCUGGCUUCUCCCGUAGGGUACCUCCCUCCCCACCCCCUCCCCAGAAAUGGUGCUCUCCUGGCCCUGCCUCUGGCCCCUUCCUGGGCUGCUGCCCCCCCAGCCAUGGGGCAUGUUUGGGCUCCUUACCUAGGCCAGAGGGAGGUCUCUGCCCCCUUCCCCUGGCCCUAGGCUAUCUGCUCCUCAGGCCACACCCCUGUUCCCCACCCUGGGGAGGAGGCAGCCGUCAUUCCCGACUCCCUGCCA